AUGGCUGGUGACGAUAGUGGCCCCGAGGAGCAACCUCAGCCUUUUAAUGCUACAAAGCUCGAAGCCGCAAAGAAACGUAAAAGAUCAAGUUCACCUACAAAAGGCGCAAAACGUGUCGCAAGAUCACCAUCUCCUUCUGAUAUCUACAAAAGUCGCAGAUCACCUUCACCAGUCCGAAAACAAAAACGACCUGGUCAACGAGCACGAAUUGGCGAUUCCGAGCGCGAAGCGAUCCGACAACAACAAAUUGAACGCGAAAAUGAAGUCGCAGCUGUUGCAGCUGCUCAAGGGAUUCACAAUGCAGUCAGAGAGCAUUAUAACGCGGUUCCACAACGCGGCAGAGAGUGGCGCAAGACGGACAGUAAGAUUAAGGGCUUGAGAAGCUUUAAUAAUUGGGUCAAAAGCACAAUCAUUCAGAAAUUCUCCCCAAAUGAAGAUUAUACUCCAGGAGCACAAGAACGUGGAUCGCGCGGAGAAUAUCAAUUCGCCGAAGGACCAGAUCCAAGUCAAGAAAAGGGUCUUCUAGUUCUUGACAUUGGAUGCGGUAAAGGUGGUGAUUUGGGAAAAUGGCAACAAGCACCUCAGAAAGUGGAAUUAUAUGUCGGAUUGGAUCCGGCGGAUAUCUCGAUCGAUCAAGCAAAAGAACGAUAUCGCGAAAUGAAAACUCGUGGUGGAGGACGAGGUGGUAGAGGCCGAGGUGGAUACAAUAGACAGCCAGCUCGAAUCUUCCACGGAGAAUUCUUCACUCAAGAUUGUUUCGGGGAUUCAAUUGAGAGAAUUCCCAUUGUUCGAGAGGUUGGUUUUGAUAGUUCUGGAGGACCAGGCAGAUUUGGUGGUGGUGGAUUUGAUGUGGUUAGCAUGAUGUUUUGCUUACAUUACGCAUUUGAGAACGAGGCAAAGGCCAGAACCAUGUUGAAGAAUGUCUCCGGCGCAUUAAAGAAAGGUGGCAGGCUCAUUGGAUGUAUUCCUAACUCCCACGUCAUAUCGGAUAAGGUCGAGAAAUUCAACGCUGGAGUUUCUGCAAAGGCAAAAGCCAAAGAAGCUGGUGACAGUGCGGAGGCUGAGGAAAAGGCUGAAGAAAACGCCGAGGAUGGAGAAAUCGAGGAAGGCGAAGCCGAAGAGACAGCUCACUGGGGAAACGAAGUGUAUCAAGUCCGAUUCCCGGGCAAAACUCCCACGGACGGUGUUUUUAAACCACCUUUCGGCUGGAAGUACAACUUUUUCCUUCACGAGGCCGUCGAAGAGGUUCCAGAAUACAUCGUUCCAUGGGAGGCUUUCCGUGCGAUUGCGGAAGAUUACAACCUCGAAUUGCAGUAUCAAAAGCCAUUCAACCAGAUCUGGGAAACCGAGAAGGACGACGAGGUUUUGGGUCCCCUUAGUGAGCGUAUGAAUGUUAGGGAAAGAGGCCAUGGAAAACUCCUCGUCAGUGAUGAGGAAAUGGAAGCUGCUAGCUUCUAUGUGGGCUUUUGCUUUUAUAAGGUUUAA